CAGAGGGAAGGUGACAGGGCCAGGAGUGGAGGUGGCUGGUGGGUGCUUGGGUCCACUGAAGCGUGAGGCCUCCGGCCCAGUGGAACUGGUGGGUCUGGGACUGGGGCUGGACCUGAAGGAUCUUGCCCUCCCUGUAACUUUAAGCCUCAGUUUGCGGUGAUCCCAGAGCUUCCUCCUUGGUGUGCUGGGUUGCUGGCGCCCCUGUGCUGGGGGUGCCCAGGCCGGGCCACCAUGGCCGAUGAGAAGACCUUCCGCAUUGGCUUCAUUGUGCUGGGGCUUUUCCUGCUGGCCCUGGGCACGUUCCUCAUGAGCCACGAUCGGCCCCAGGUCUACGGCACCUUCUACGCCAUGGGCGGCGUCAUGGUGAUCGGGGGAGUCAUCUGGAGUAUGUGCCAGUGUUACCCCAAGAUCACCUUCGUGCCUGCUGACCCUGACUUCCAAGGCAUCUUGUCCCCGAAGGCCCUGGGCCUGCUGGAGAAUGGGCUUGCUACGGAAAUGAAGAGCUCCCAGCCCCCCUACGUCAGGCUGUGGGAAGAAGCGGCCUAUGACCAGAGCCUUCCUGACUUCAGCCACAUCCAGAUGAAGGUCAUGAGCUACAGUGAGGACCCACGCCCCCUGCUGGGCCCCCAGCUGGGCCAGCUGAGUCUGGGAAGCAGUGAUGGAGGAGAAGGCGGUCCUCAGGACAUUCAGGCCUGGACGGAGGCUACUGUUGUUGUUCACCAGGGCUCUGAUGAGAAUGAGGGCGAGCGAGACCCAACUCAGAGCAGGCCCGGUCUUUGUCCCUGCAGCCCCCCGACCUGUCCCCAGGGCCCUGCACCCUUGGCCUCCUUCCAAGAGGACCUGGACAUCGGCUCCAGUGAAGACAGAAGCCCCAACCCAUCUCCGCCCGACAGAGACAAACCUUGGCCCCCGCCCCAGGAGCCCAAAGCCUGCUGGUGCCCACUGGACCGCUACAGCGACUUUGCCCUGAUUGAUGCCCCCAUGGCAGAGGAUGUGCCACAAGGGGGGCAGCAGCAGGAGAUGGCCCUGCCACACACCUGGCAGCAGUCCCCAGGGACAGAGGAGGAGGAGGAGGAGGCGGCUUUGGACACAGGCACAGAGGAGCCUGAGGAAGAGGAGGACGACUUGUACUAUGGGCUGCCAGACAGCCCCAGGGACCCCUUCCCAGACAAGGACCUGGGCUUUGAGCCUGAUGCCCAGGGCUGAUGGAAGUGCAUCCUAGUUUAUAGCCUGGAAGCACUGCUAACCCCUGUGUGCUGUCAUAGUCCUCAGCUUCCCCAUCUGCAAAAUGGGAUUAUAGGGAGGUCCCAAAGACAAUGGACCUCAGAGCAUUUUGAAAACUGUGAAGAAACGCACAGGGACUGGGUGUGGUGGCUCACACCUGUAAUCCCAGCCCUUUGGGAGGCCGAGACUGAGAUCACUGGAGCCCAGGAGUUGAGGCUGCAGUGACCUAUGAUUGUGCCACUGCACUUUAGCUGGGGUGACAGAGCAAGACCAGUCUCAGGAAAAAAAAAAAAGGCACAGGGAGGGGAUAAUAACUCGCCGUGGGCCAUUGCUCUUCCAAUGGUUGGUUUUCCUUGGCAAACCUUUGAAGAUAAAAUAUAACUCAGUGAGAAGGUUUGCAGCAGCUGAGGCCCUCAAAAGCUCUUUCCGCUCUCCCCCACAGCUGGGCUCUGACAGGGACCCUCGUUGGUGCUAGCCCUGGGCCCCUGAUCUUUGUGAAGACCUUGGCGUUCCCAUUCCACCUGGCAGAUGGUGGGAUCGUCUUCUCUCAGAGCCAACCACACCUCCUCCCAGCCCACAUCCUCCCAAAGCUCCCAUUGCUCCUGCACCAGGAUUCAAAACCUUCUGCAGCUGAGCCCUGCUGUCCUCCGGACUUUACCCCUGGCAGCCUUCCUCAUUCUCCCUGCUCUUCCAAUUCCAGCCCCUCAUCCUGCUGUCUGUGCUCUGGCCCUUCGCUGCCAGACUGCCCCGGGCUCCCUCGCCUGUGUGGCAAACUCCUCUGCACAGGUGACCCUUCUGUGAAAGC